AUGACUUCAGAGUUUACUUCCACCUGGAAAACUGCGCGUGUGGUGUCAAUAUCUAAAUUAACUGUUAUUCGCAGUCCGGAGGACUUAAGGCCGAUACCAAUUCUUCCAGUUCUCUUAAAGGUUUUUGAAUAUAUUCUAAAGGAGCAGAUAAUGAUGAAUACCAAACGAAAAAUCUUAGAUUCCCAAUAUGCCUUUUGCUCAGUCCACAGUACCACUUCUAUGUUGCUACCUCUUACUGGAUCUAUUAGGAAUGAUAUUAAUAAUGGUAAAGUUAGUGCUCUUCUAUCUCUUGACUUGACGAAAGCUUUUAAACCCAUUUGGUUCUGGACCAUGAUUGAGAAGCUUAGAAACAACGAUGGUUUUGCCAGUUCUGCCUGCAAACAUGUAAUGUCGGACAUGUGUGAUAUCACCAUGAAGGAAGAUGAUAAAAGUGUCUUAAAAUUGAUAGAUGCUGAGAAAAUCAAUACUCGUAGAAAAGAUACUGACUUCAAGCACUACUUUGUACGAGAGGUAAAGGAAGUUUCAGUUUGA